AUGGAUAGAUUCUUUAAAAGAAAUCAUACCAAAAAGAGGAAUAAUCGGAAAAGUGACCAUGACAGCAGUAACAGAAGCAGUGGCAUUGACGAGGAGAUUGAUAUUACACCUGUCAGACCAGGAAAACUACAGACCUCAAACUCAUGGCCCAGAUUACCUGAACUCGCAUUGACGACCAGUGGUGAAUCGCAUGUCCUUAAGCCAGUAGACAUACCGCAAUCGCCUGUACUCUCCACCGUAUCUUCGUCUCAAGCUAUAUUACAUCCAGACAUGAACAGACAAAGCGCAGCGUAUACCAGCACAGAUAACGAGGUCAUCACCACAGACACGGAAAGUGAAAGCGAUACAUUGAAUAUGGGUCUUCACCAUCAUCGUCAUCCAGAUACACCUUCCUUUGAUGACUCCAAUUCCACCAGUAGAACCAUGAGUCAACUCCCUUCUCUUAACAAUGAUCAUCAUAAAGCAGGUUUCCCGUUGGACGACUCUGCCGCCAACACCUUGGUGGAAGCUGCAUUGGAUAAGGAUGAAGCCAAGGAUCGUCAUGUUCGGUUCCAUGACCACGUUGCUGAGUCGGCAGCAUUGGUUCAACGUAUGCUGAGUGUUAAAAUGGGCCAUCAUCAUACACCUGAUCCUCUUGGAACCAUGAUGCAGAACAGACAUAAUCAACAUCAGCAGGAGGAAGAAGUCGAGCUACAGUCGCCACAUCAGGCUGCUGUGGGCGGAGGCAGUGUGUUGGCUAGUCUGAUGAAAUUGGAAGCCAAAAGAGCAGAUAAUAUGACCAGAAAGAAGCGCAGAAAGAACAAACAUACACUGUACAUGAAGCGCAAAAAUAACGGCUCCUCUUCUCUGCUCAAUUACCCUGUUCACUCCAACACCGAUCCCUUAUCAGAGAAUUCAGGCCAUACAUUACCCACACCGCGACCUCAACGACCACCACUGGUCAACCGACCCAGCAGUUGGCUGGCUGGUGUCGCUUCCAGCAAAUACGUGGUGCCCAGUCUAGAGAAACGCAAGAAGUCAGUAGCGCCCUCGUUUUCGCGUCGCUCGUCCAACGACAGCAUGUUGACCACGGCUUCACAAUUCGAGCCCAUCACGUUGGAAGAUCGCAUCCGAAUCACCUUUGAAAUCGCCAACAUUCUGCAAAAGCAAGAGUUUUUGAGGAAGUUGUGCAAAUCACUGAUGCUGUAUGGAUGUCCCGCGCAUCGACUGGAAUACGCUAUGCGACAAGUCUCUCGCACACUCGCUGUAGAUGCUGAAUAUGUCUUUAUACCCAAUGUGAUGCUCGUCACCUUUAUCGAUUCCACAACGCAUACAACAGAAACUCAUUUUAUUAGACAAUCGCAGACAUUUGAAAUGCAUCGUUUGGCUGACAUUUACCGUCUGGAGAAGCUGGUGGCGCACGGUGAAGUAUCUGUGGAUGAAGCACUGGAGUUUAUCGAUAAAGUGUAUGAUCAACCGCCUAUUUAUCCGCUUUGGCUGCAUCCUUUUGUCUAUGCUUUGGCUGCGUUCUCGGGCUGUGUGCUGUUUUAUGGCGGUCGUUGGCAAGAAGCGGGUGUAGCAGCAGCGCUUGGCAUGGUCUUUGCUUCAAACGAGAUCUUUUCCGCUGCUAUCUCCAGCUUUCAACCUAUUUGGGAGAUCACAGUAUGUAUUCUCAUUGGAUUUGUAGCAAGAGGCAUCCAGAAAUUUGGCUUUUGCUUUACACCUAUUGCCUUUUCUUCCUUCAUCAUUGUUUUGCCAGGUUACCCCAUGGCUGUAGCUAUCAUUGAGUUGGUCUCUCGCCAGCUGGUCAGUGGCGUGGUGCGUAUGGUGUAUGCCAUCAUUUACUCGUUCUUGCUAGGCUACGGUGUCUCCAUGGGUUCUGAACUGUACAUGACCAUGGACAAGAACAGCAACACGACGCAAAGUGAUGUAUGCAAGCUGGCUUCCAGUGCUGCUACGUGUAUCUCAAGCGAAUCUCAAUGGUUUAACUUUUUGAUGGUGCCUCUGUUUGCUACCGCGUAUUGCGUUUACUUGCGUGCGCGUCCUCCAAGAUGGCCCAUUAUGGCAGCCGUAUCUGCAUGUGGCUAUACUAUCAACUACGCGUUGGCUUGCUGGGGUCAUGCACCUUCUCAAAUUCUGCAAGUGGUGCCUUCGUUCGGUCUGGGCCUCAUUGGUAACUGUCUAUCUAAAUUCACUGGAAAAAUGUCGUUCGAUGCCGUAUUACUGGGCGUCUUUUAUCUCGUGCCAAGUAGUUUGGGUCUCAAAGCAGCUAUUGGUUUGUUCAGUGGCACAGAUGAAGUUGGGACGCAAGGCGCUGGUUUUGCAUUAGCCAUGAUUGAAUCAUCCAUCGGCAUCACACUUGGUUUAUUCUUGGCAACGUUAGUCGUAUACCCUAAAGGAACACAGCAUACACCUCUCAUGAAUCUAUAA